CACAAAAUGAGGCAGCCAGAGCAACAGCUGUCAGUAAGUCUUUUCUGCCCCUCGCCUGUUUUCAUCGGCUUUGAAUGAUCAGUGGGGAAGAAGACCCGACUCACUCGGCCCUCUGACGUUACCCAGUAGACUAGAGAUGGCGAAGAGGAGUUCAACCAGAAAGUCUCUGAAAAGUUUGUUCUCCAAGAGCGAAGCCAACUUGGACGAAUCGGUGGAGAAGGAUGUGCAGAAAAACGAAGGGGAGAAGAAGAAGUUCAAGUUGUUCAAAUUCAAGACAAAGUCCAAGAAGGACUCUGAGAAGUCAGCUAAUGACAGCCAGAAGGUGCUCAGAGCUGUUGCGAACAGUGAGACCGCAGACGACGAAGAGCCCGGUUCUGACAACAAUGACCCAGACAGCAAGCUGCCUCCUGUUUAUGCCACCGCACCUAGGGUUAAGGCCAAAGCGUUAAGCUACUCAGAGAUGGACCUCCGUAAGCCUAAGAGGUUUGCAACCAUUUCAUUUGGUAUUAGAAAGAAGAAGAAGAAAGAUGAAGAGAAUAUGUCAAAGAGCACUUUUGGUCUUCCUACCCAAGGCAUCGAGGAGCAGGAAGAGACACCUGUGGAACGGGACCCAGGGAACAGAAAGAAGUUCAGUAUGUCUCAACCAGAGCUUGACAGCGACAGUAAAUUUGACAUCCCUUCACCUCCCCCUGUAGCUGCAAAUGAAACUGACUCGUACUUCACUCUUUCGGCACAGUCCCAGUCAGUCCCAGUUAUCACUGUGAACACCCAACAAGAAUCAAAGGGCCCUCUUACGAAUGCCUCUGAUCUUUCGGAUGUGCAGAGGCAAACCCUGAGAGCUCCAAUUGCUUCCAUUCCUGAGCUGCAACUUGAUGAUACCGGCUCACUGGAGGAGAAAGAGAACAUUCCAGUUCACGACAGCUCAAGCAGAAAUGAUGUCAAAUCAGCUCUUCUGACAGCUACUUCAGAAACAGCUUCUGUUGUUCAAACCCAGGCUGAACAUACCCUUCUAGCCAGCCAGCCACCAACUGUGCUUGACAGUUCGGCUUACGAAGCAGCAACUGUCGCCUCGGGCAAUAAUUCUUAUGCUUAUAUCCCCCAAGAAAAUGAAUCCACCAGUGGGACUUUACCAUAUCAUCAGUCUGAUGCCCCUGACACAGUUGACAGUACAAUUUCAAAUAGUGAGUCCUCCCUGACAAGUGUUGACAACAGUAACUACACCACUGUUACAGGGCCAAGUCCUGAUCCUCAAAAUGACAAGUUAGCUAGCAGUGCAGACUCUGCUGCCAACCAUCAUGAAAUCUUCAUUUCUCACACUGAGAGGUCUUUUCCUGAAAAUGCCAAGAGUGUCAGCACAACCUCAGCUGUUAGCAGCGAAAGCAGCACUGCUCCCACCCAUCAAGAUAAAGUUUAUGGAGCUCUGUACGAGUCACUUUUCCCCCAGAAUUUUACCUCUGAGGUAAUCUCUUCACUCCUAAGCCCAUCAUCUCAUAUCUGCACUGAUAAAAGACUUCUUGACACCAAAACAGAAUUUGUCAUUGUCAAAACCCACGAUGAAAGUCAUGCAGAAACAAAUACUCAGUACUCCCAAACAUUAACUUCUCGUGAUCUUGACUCGGCUGCUGGCAGAAUGAUUGAUGCUCCUGAUGGUUCGGCCUCCAUCGGUGAAAUAAAGGGAAGCUCUUUUGGUGAGAGCUCCAGAGUUUCUGCUUCUCAGAUUCAAACAGUCCCAGAAAACCAAAACAGAUAUGUGCCUACCUCUCUCAGUGCAGCUUCCAAGUAUUCUGACAGUGCUGGCAUUUCUUACUCUGAGCUGACCCGCUCCCGUUCACAGUUGAAAUCGGACAAUAAAAGCCUUGUUACCGACAGUGUCUGGUCAGGCCCUUUGUGUCAGAACUCUGCCCCUCCCAUAUCCAACUAUGAAACAUCCCACGGGAUAGAUGCUCAGGUUACUGACUCCAAACGGAGAGUGAUCCUAGUCAAAGAGUUAGUCACAGACGACACAAACGUUUAUCCAGGCUGUAGCUCUUCGGUGCCUGAUAAAAUGAAUCUGGUGAAGGAUCUUAAGGUAGAAUUUGAAACGACAGAUGAGUUUUCUGCCCUUUCUGGACCAACGGUGCGAAAUGACAGGCUCUUAAGUCCAGCAUAUCUAAGUGUUGGAUCAGAUGAUGAAAGUACAAAGGAGAUUUACUACAGUGCUGAGGAGGACAAUGCAGAGGAGAGUGGGGACGAAGAGAUGUUCACAAUGGAUGAUAGAGAAGAGUCCAUUGUGAGGCUAGGUGAGGAAAUCGUACAGCACUCGGAGCCAAUGGAUAAAGGGAUCAGCCAGAGAGAUGAAGGAGAUUUCAGGGUCGUGAUUGUGAAAAUGGAACAGAAAGAAGACAAAAUGGACGAUGAAGAAAAGCGAGAGGAUUAUAAUGGCCAAACUGAAGUACAGCAACAACUUGAAGAACAGAAAUCGGACAGUCAAGUGCAUGAAAUGGGAACAUCUGAGAGUUGGGUGGAAGAACAAUCAACCGCUGUAUGGCCACAAAUGAAAGAAGAAGAGGAGGAGGGUAGAAAGGAGGAUUUACUAGCCACACCGGUUCAGCAGGUGAACACAAUGAUGGUAUGUAGUUUUGCUCCUCCUCCCAGUGAGCAGCAUGGGCAGGUGGAAGAGUCUGGGGGAAACUGGACUGUAGACUUGGAAACAGAAGACCACUCUAAUGGAGAGAACCUGUUUCCAACAGAGGUGGAAGAAACUCUGCCUAACAAAGAUUUCACUGAUUUUGGUUGCAAGCAUGCUACUUCCAGCCACACAAAGGAAGAGGAUGUGAUUGUACAUAUAAUAACAGAGACAGAAGAGCAAGUUCCACUGAUUGUCAAUGCAGACAAGACCGGUGAAGGCAACAAAGACACAAAAAAUAGCAUGGGCAUAACAAACAGCACAUUAACAGAUACUGCUGGGGCAGCAGAGGCUGUCAUGGGCAAUCUGACACACAGCACUCACCUGCAAUCAGAUGCCACAGAGAUUGAACACAAUAGGGUUCCACGGAGCACUGAGUGGGUGGAUACAAUUACUCAGAGCCCUGACAGAAACAUUACCGUACCAGUGCCAGAACAGGUGGCAGUUGAGCUGUCAGCAUCGAACGCAGACACACACCAUCUUGAUAGUGACACUGCAGAGGGUCUCUGCGAGCAUCCAAAGGAAGCCCAGCCUGACCUGAAUGAAGGAUCUUUGACAGCUUCAAGGACCACCGCAGCAAGUUCAGAAAGUCAACAGACGGACGACUGCCAGGAAUCGGCUGACAAAAUGAAUUCAGGCUACCGCAGCCUGAGUACCACACUGUUAAUAAAGACCUCGUCUCUCUCCAAAGAGGAUGAAGCCAAACAUCGUUUUCGUAAACUAUCUCUCAUUAAUGAGGCUGAUGCUGUUGAUAAUAGACAGGAUGAAGUGGACUUUAGCAAAACGAGCACCUCGACUGAGUCAAAUGAACCGGAUCUUGACUCAGAGUAUAAAUGGAAAAAUAGAUUUGAGGGUGUAAGUCAGUAUAAACCAAGUAAAACAGAGAAUUACACUUUUUCUGACUCCCUGACUUACAAUAUAUCAGACACCUCGUCCAGUAACUCCUCCUCUUCCUCGGCUCUGCCUGACACUACAGCAUACACACGCUUCACUGACUCCUUCUCUUCCCCCUCCCUCCCCUCUCUGGAGGAACCUAUUACCCUUGGCAACAGGUGGAGUGACAGGAAUGAAUUUUACCUGAGCCGUGAAAGCAACCCAGUCAAAGCACCAGCAGAUGACUGGAGGAGGAGCUUAGUGGAGCAGGAGGAGCCUGGAGCAGCUGCAGGUGAAACACUGGGACGGAGAGAGGGAGGGUCAGAGAGUGUAAAGUCAGCCUGGGAGCCACAACAGCUCCCUGUAUCCAGCCUUUCCUCAACACAACAAACCAGCUACAACAACAGUUUGGAGGAAGAGGACGGCGACUCAUACCGAUUUACUGGGGUGUUCACAGCCACACUUGUGGAGGCUGUCUCUGACCCUGUAGCUACUACUCUUUCUACUCCUCCUGCCUCCCCUGACGAAGACUCCACCAGCCAGUUUGACAUGGAAAUUCUGGUGGAUACUUUAAAGAGCAUGGGGCCUUCUCUGAGGCAGAAGAGUGUGAGCAUACGCACCAAUAAUGCAGGCCUCGCCUCCUCUCUGCCACCCAUUGUGGAGGAUGCUCCAAGCCCAGUCUCUUCUGACGUGCCUGACUCCGUGAGCGGUCUCCAAACAAAGAUGGAAGGAACAGGCGCUCCAGCCGAGUCCCUCAAUGGACUGUAUACUCUGCCUGCUGACCUGGGAUUGAAGAGGACUUCCCCAAGAGACAGUCGUUCUCCAUUGGAACUGAGAAUCAGGCAGAAUCAGGAUGGACACCCUGGAACAAGAGGUCUCAACUUUCCCUUUAGAGCAUCAACUCUUAACAGUACUGUAAUGAGAAAAUCCUCUGACUCGUCUGAGGAUUUAAAAUCACCAGUGCUUAAUGGCAAUGAAGUACCUCCAUCUCCUACCACAAGCUCUCGCCUUGAUCACAGUGUCCUCUUUGGUAACUACAAGCCGUCAUCCACAGUUCAGACACAAGAAAACGGAAAAGCCCAUCGGUCAGUGUUCCGCACCAGCUCCCUACCCGAAACUUUAUCUUUAAAAGAUCACACGACUGCGGGAUUAAAGGGGAUGGGUGACCUUGGCGCUGGCACAGAGUCGGGUGGAUCGCGCUUUGAGCGCCUCUCCUUUCUUAUGAAUUCCUCAUCCUCCUCUCUGAGCGUAGCCGAAGACCUGAACACUCAUGUGAGUCGGCCUGCAUCUCUGGCCAUCGGCUCCCCACCUGCCAGCAACAGCCCCACUCGCCUCCUCAGCCCAACUGGCUCGAUUGACCUCCACAGGCCAUUCGCCAACACAGACACUCCUUUAUCAAUGUUUAGCCAGACCCCUCAGAUGGCGAUGGGUGUGGGUAGCGGGACAAUGGGCACUCCCAUCCUGCAGAGGAGCCUGAGUAGUGAUGCCGCUGUGGGGGUCCACAGUUCAUUGUUCAGCAAUGUUAAUGGAAAGUCUCAGUUCCAGAGCCAAACAACUGAGCCUGACAAGAACUUACUUUCAAAAUACAGAGCCUUCCCCGAUGCCUAUCUUACCAAAGAGAAGGAACAUGGAAAGCUUAAUCCUCGUCCUGGAAAGAUGUAUAUUUUUGACCGACCGGGUAUGUGCGGCCAAAGGAUUGAGGUACACGGUGAUGUCAUUGAUGCUACACCCUGGGAGCUGCAGGAAACCAUCUCUAUCAGGGUGGUCAGAGGAGGGUGGGUGCUUUAUGAGAAACCCAACUUCAAAGGGGAGAAGAUUGCUCUGGAUGAGGGUGACAUCGAGAUUACUUACCCGUUCAGCCCUCCAGAAGAGCAGCAAGAGAAUGAACAGAAUGAGGGAGAUGAGCACAACGGAGACACAAAUGAUGAGCAAAAGGAGACAAAGCCAGCCAGGAGGUUCCUCAUCGGAUCCAUACGAAGAGCAGUGAGGGACUACAGCGUUCCAGAAAUCAGCCUUUUCCCUGAAGAGGAAGCGGAGGGAAAGAAAGUCAUCUUCCGAGAUACUUCCGAUGAUGCCAGGAUUUUUGGUUUCCCCAUUAAGGCCAAUUCCAUCAUUAUUAACGCAGGGCUGUGGCUUGUGUUCGCACAGCCUUUCUUCCAGGGUGUACCACGAGUCCUGGAGGUUGGGGGGUACUCCAACCCAGCAGCCUGGGGGGUGGAACAGCCCUACGUGGGGUCAUUACAUCCACUCAAAAUAGGUGAACCAAAGGUGGAAAAUCUGAAUGAUCCAAAGAUGGUGAUUUAUGAAAAGCCCUACUUUACUGGGAAAUCGAGGACAAUAACCACCAACAUGAGAGACUUUAUGACCAGAAUAGAGAGGCAGCAAACAACCUUUAUGUAUAACGUGGGCUCUCUUAAAGUACUAGGAGGAAUCUGGGUGGGCUACGAGAAGGAGGGUUUCCGAGGCCACCAGUACCUGCUGGAGGAAGGAGAGUAUCAUGACUGGAGGGUGUGGGGAGGCUGUGAUGCUGAACUGCGCUCUGUUAGGGUCAUUCGAGCAGACUUGACAGACCCUGCCAUGGUGAUGUUUGAGCAGCUAGAGGAAGACCAAGAUGGAGUGCAAGAGGAGAAGACCUUCGAGGUGACAGAGGCCAUCCCUGACGUUGAGCUGUUUGGCUACAAAACCUCCACGCGUUCAAUCGAAGUAAUCAGUGGGGCAUGGAUCGCUUACUCGCAUGUGGACUUUUCUGGUCACCAGUACAUUCUAGAGAAAGGCUUCUACAAUAACUGUGCUGACUGGGGGUCUCAAGACACUCGUGUCUGCUCAGUUCAGCCCAUCUUACUGGCUCCAAAUGACAGUUCAAGGUCCAGGGAUGAGAUAAAAUUGUACUCUGAGCCAGACUUCCAGGGAGAGUGUUACAUCUUUAACUGCAAACAGGAGGAAAUGCCAGAAAAAUUAGUUACCAAGUCAUGCAGAGUGACAGGAAGAAGCUGGGUCGUCUAUGAGAAUGAACAGUUCUCUGGGAACUUGUAUGUCUUAUCUGAAGGAGACUAUCCCAAUCUAACCAGCAUGGGCUGCCCCCCUGACUGUUCCAUUCGUUCUGUUAAGAUUGUGCCCUUGUUGUUCUCAGUUCCUUCCAUCUCUUUGUUCGGGCUUGAGUGUCUGGAGGGCAGAGAGAUCACCACAGACACAGAGAUCCUGAGUAUGGUAGAAGAAGGCUUCAACAACCACAUCCUGUCGCUCAGAGUCAACAGUGGCUGCUGGGUGAUAUGUGAACACAGCAACUACAGGGGGCGCCAGUUCCUGCUGGAGCCAAUUGAAAUCACCAACUGGCCAAAGUUCAGCUCCCUUCACACUAUUGGCUCAAUGUACCCAGUCAGACAGAAGCGCCACUUUUUCCGUAUCAAGAACACAGAGCGAGGUCACUUCCUGUCCGUCCAGGGUGGCGUGGAGGAGUUGAAAUCAGGACGAGUGGUGGUGACGCCUGAGGUGGAGCCACUGAGUGACAUCUGGUUCUACCAGGAUGGACUGAUUAAAAACAAGUUGUCCCCAACCAUGAGCCUUCAGGUGGUUGGCAACAUAGAGCCAGCAGCAAAGGUGGUUCUGUGGACAGAAACCCGACAGCCCGUUCAAACCUGGACUGCCCCAAUGAAAGGCCUCAUCACUAGCAAUACUUUCCCUGGCAUGGUCCUGGAUGUUAAAGGUGGCAAAACUUACGACAAGGACCACGUGGUCAUUAUGCCCGAGAAUGAUGAGAGGCCCAGCCAGCAGUGGGAGAUAGAGUUGCUGUAGCCAUCAGCAGCACAGGAACCGAGCUUAUCUUUGCCACUUUGUGAUAUUGUCUUGAUAUUUCAGUAUCCACUCUUGUAUCUGUUUCAUGACUUACUGCAUCUCAGGACAUGCAAUUCCUUCUAAAACCUAUGAGCUAGUUUGAAAUCAGUAUCCAACAGCAAGAAUGCAUAGAAGCAAUAGAUGCCCUGCAAAAGCUGCCCAAGUUGUUUUCAAGGUUUUUUGUCAGUUUGCAUUCAUAGCAUGAAAUGUUUUUUUUUCUUUUAAUCAUUUUCAAAAUGUAUUUUACCAAAGAAGAGUUUAAAUAAGUGCCUUGAUUUGUUUAGUUUUAAUUGGAGCAUGAGUCGAAAAGCAAUGGCAAAUACAUGUUAUUUGUUUAAGGAUGUACAGUGAAAAUUCCGUAUAUGGUUCACACUGUUCUGCGACUUUCAUUUGACCUUCCAGCUGAUCAUUUGUCAACAAUUUGAUUAUCCAGCCUGGGAUUUCCAUGUUUAUCGGAAUCUGAGUUUAUGGGGGCUUUUUUUUUUUUUUUUUGUCUGUAGAAGAGGAACAUCAUCUCGUCCUAUAUUUGUUUACUAUAAAUCUAAGUUUGAAAUUCAAAUUGCUUUUGGGCAUUUGAUUUCCUGGAAUGAAAACAAAAUGGCCUUCUGGGGUUUAUAGUGAAGCUGGAUGGGUGAAGCCAAAAAGGUGUUUAGUAUUCAAGAAAUGCGUGUUACGCUUUUAAUUUUUUGUUUUUAUAUAUGUAAUAUAAAAAUCCUGUAUGUGUUGUGGGAAAUGUUGCACUUACGUAUACAUGCAUGGUCCAGUGCAAUGAACUGUGCAGUUUCUGUCGAGUUACCGUUUCUUGACAUAUUUUGAUGUAAAUCUUAAUGUGUAUGUUUCUGUGUUCCCUGCUUCAGCUGUAUGUUAAUAUUUGAUACUAAAGAUGUAAUUUCAUGUUAUGUAGGAGGGAAAGGUUUUAAAAUAUUAAAUAUUGAAUAAAAUGACUGUAGAAAAGAUUACAAAAUAAGGGUGUAUUU